UAUACACAUGUAGGUCAAUGAAAAAAAUGGCUUAGCACUCGUAGCUCCUAUGUACCGUGGCAAGAAAUAAUAUUUAAGUUUAAAUGGCAUUCAGUGAUUUAUGUCAAAUAAGUAACGCGUACAAAGCCGUUGAAAAUGAAUCUGAGUCGGAGCGCAUUAUGGAAGAGAACUCGAUGGUCCGUGAUCUCAUCACCAAAAUCUUGGAUGAGACCGGACCAUCAGACACACCUAGCUGCACGUCAGAUAAACCCAUAACAAGUACACCGGUCGUCAAUCAAUUCCCGAAAAAUGAACCCACAAAUCCAUCAUACAUACCACCGUCUAAUUUCAAUGCUUACCAAAACUCACUAUUCAAUUACUCACCGACCAAUCAGAAUGGAUUCAACUACAAUCUCCAACAGAAUGGAUUCAACACCAAUGGAUUUGUGUAUCCAGAUAAUGAUGUGACGGGACUAUUGGGUUUGGAUCCCAUAGGGGACGCGAGUGCGGAAACGGUUACACCGGAACAACUGAAUCUACUACGUUUAGCGGCACAAGAGAUUGGAGGAGCGCAGUUUACUAAUCCUAGUAAAUAUGAUGAUAAAUUUUACAACUACUUCGAACCGAGCCAAAGAAAUUCUUUGAACGAUACGAACAUAUUCUCGACCAAUUAUAACAGACCAAACAGUCUUAAUCUAGAUAUGAAUUAUACAAAUUUUGACAAUUCAUUCAAUACACAAAGAUAUCUGAAUAAAUAUGAUAAUACUUAUGUAAAGGAUCAAAACGAUUCAAGCGAAUUAUUGGCCUAUUUGAACCAGCUAAGCCUAUUGGAAAGAAAUCGUGAUGAUUUGUUAGGCGAUUGUAAAUUCGAUAUUAACACACAAUAUCAAAAUGAUGAAUUCAAACUACAAGAGGAAAGAAACAAGAUGUUUUUUCAUAGAAAUUAUCCGAACAAAACUUACAAUGGUGAAAAUUUCUAUUUCAACAAUAUAUCGAACGAGGGAAUCGAUCAGAAUUAUUAUUCGAAUCAAACUCAAGCAAAUCCAAUGUUCAAACCGAAUGGAUAUCAUCAACAGGAUUUUGUACGUCGUGAUAUGAUGCAACGGGAAGGUUUCCAAGGCAAUGGCAAUUUAGAGAGGCCUGGUUUCGAUAACAUGGGUCGUGAGAAUGCCCAACAGGUUGCGCUACUCAGACAGAACCAGGAUAUAGCUAGACAAAUGCUUAUCAUGAGGAACAGACCUCCUCCUAAUCCAUUAAAUGUGGAUGUAUCGUUUCUACAUGAAAAUACUCCUUUCAAUAUGGGAGUGGGUGCAUUACUGGGACCUAGCCCACCGGUUCCUCAGACCGUACUGUCAUCUCCCAUGGUCGACUUACCACUGACACCAUACCAUAUAUUGAGGAGCAUGAAGCAUACAGUAACACCAUCAGCCAUACUACACGCCCGGUUAGAGAUGUGCUAUGAACAAUGGAAGCAAUUGGAAAGGGAACGCAAGAGGACGGAGGCGCGCCUCGCCCUCGCCUACCCUGGCCGCGCAGUCUCCUCCUCCAACUCCAUACCCGUGCCGCGUCUCCCACCCUGCCCUACACGAGUCGACAGGCUCACUGUGGAUAUGCUGAGGGAACAUACUAAGGUGUUAACACUGAUGGGUAAAAUGGAAACAUUGCGUGCAAGUGUUUGUGUACAUAAUAAGAAACAUAAACAAGAAGAUCCAAAGAUAACAGUAUUGAAGCGCGGACAGGAGAACGUGUGCGACAAAGAGAGGGACAAUGGAAUGGAUCCGAAUAACUUCGAUCCUAGCACUUGGCGUGAUGAUGUCAAAAAUGUAUCCGAAAUCGCACCACACAGUGAGGUAGAGAGCGCUAUGUUGGCGUGGCGCAGCGCUGUAGCCGCGGUGCAAGCGGCGCGACGACGCGAGCUCGCCCCGCAUACCACGCACGCGCAGCACGCCAACGCCAGAUACCCGCGACAAGACCCAAUAACAAACCUAGCGGAGGCGGUGAAGCAACUAGGCGAGUGCGCGCGCCGCGCCCGCUGCGCCAUGUGGUGCGACCUCACGCUGACCGUCGCCCUCGCGCCGCCUCAUACGCCUCACGCGCCUCACACGCCGCAGACACCGAUACACAACAAGAGUGAGAACCAAAGUCAAAGCACAUCUCAGACGCAGUCUCCGAAGCAGCUCGCGACAGAUGUCAACUCCAACAAGGCUCACGCUCACACGCCUCACGCACCUCACACGCCGCAGACACCGAUACACAACAAGAGUGAGAACCAAAGUCAAAGCACAUCUCAGACGCAGUCUCCGAAGCAGCUCGCGACAGAUGUCAACUCCAACAAGGCUGCUGACACUAAAGAGGAGAAACACACAACAAACCAAUCGGAACCAUCAACUUCCAAUCAACCAAAGAGCGAAGCUAAACAAGAAGUCAAACAAACAAACAAACAAGCAGACAAGGAAAAGAAUCAACAGCGUCGCAGUCAAAAUUACAGACAUAAAAUGAAUCAAGGUAGAAAUGAUUUCUACCAAAAAAACAGAUACGAUAAUAGAUUUGUCCAUACUAGACAUCCAUACCAUUAUUUAGCUACAGGACCUAUUAACUAAAAAAAAACUGCCUAUUUUUCGUCAAAUAUAACUAUUAUACGAAUAAAUGGCGAAAAAUUUGUAUAUUA